AGGGAAGGAAAUUUGUCGAAUUUUAAACGAAGCAUUGAAAAGUGAAGACGCGUUUUACAAUCAAGUGCUGAAAAUUGUGUGUUUUAAUUGAUUCCCAACACCUUUAAUUGCUUAAAAACCGCUAGUUAUUUGGAAUAACACUUCGAAACAUAUUGCAAAUAAAAAAAUCAUAACAAAAUGUCGCUAUUCGGCUCAUUAAUGGGAGAUUUCGAUGAUGACCUUUUUAUGGGCAAUCACAUGAAUGCCAUGAACAUGCAAAUGCGUUCGAUGAAUCGUCUGAUGAACUCAUUCAUGCCCGAUCCAUUCAAUAUGUUGGCACCAUUCGACCCCGGCUUCCAACAGAAUGCGCUCAUGGAGCGUACCAAUCAACAUGUCGCUAAUCCAAUGGGUGGACUUUUCGGUUUUCCAGCAAUGCCAAAUAUAAAUAGACUACUCAGUGCAGAUAUUGGUUCACCAAACGGCGCCUCAUAUUGCUCCAGCUCAGUGAUUACUAUGUCCUCGGGUCCAGAUGGUCGCCCACAAAUUUAUCAGGCAACAACUAGUACAAAAACUGGACCAGGUGGCAUACGUGAGACACGUAAAACCGUUGAGGAUUCAAGGCGUGGCAUGAAGAAAAUGGCUAUUGGUCAUCAUAUUGGGGAGCGUGCGCAUAUUAUUGAAAAAGAACAAGACUUGCGUUCCGGUCAGUUAGAGGAGCGUCAAGAGUUUAUAAACUUAGAGGAAGAUGAUGCAGAGGACUUCGAUCGUGAAUUUACCAACCGGGCACGUAGUGGUGUACGUGGUGCGCGUCCACAAGAGAUGAUCACCAUUGAAUCGGCUGAUGAUGACGAUGAUGUGCGUCCACGUCAUUACAGCAGACAUCACGGUAGUGGUGGACAGCAUCGCAGACAAUUGCCAGCCUUGCCCGCACCGCCACAACAACAGAAUAGCUCGACAUUGUCCCCUUCAUCGUCGGUUGAUUCGUUGAACUCCAACUCUAAGAACAACAAAAGCCACAACAACACCGACACUUUGUCUACGGAGCGCGCAAAUGCAAACGCCACCACAAAAAACAAAACCACUGCGGCAACUUCAACACAAAACAGCAAUAGUAAAGCCAACAGCAACAAUAGCUACUUGACAUCGCAAACAACGCUUCGCUCACCGGCCGCUACCGGUUAUCAUCGCGGCAUUACAGCACGUCGUCCAUUACGUACGCCAUCGUCGUCGCCCCUAGCCACCACACCGACCAAUCACAGUCACAGCACAGCUCCAACGACAAGUGUACAUCCCCAUCCAUAUAACGCUUCGGCCGCACGCCGCAAUUACCGCUCUAAACACAGCAAACAACACCAACAGCCACAUCAGCCACAAACGCUGACCAUAACCGAGGUUAUCGAUGACGACGAUGAUGAAGAGGUGCAGCCAACUGCCGGUGCGGUAAUCGUAGAAGAGGUAGAGGAUGAUGCAGGACCCGCAACAGUAAUCAAUCCAGCAGCCGCCGCCGCAGCAGCAGCAGCUAAUAGAACGGCUACAAAAUCUCAGAAAUCCCCUCAUCAUUAAAACCAUUGAAAUCCAUUACAUACAUACAUAUAUUAAUUGCGCGUGGAAGUGUGUUGUUGUAACGCUGAUGAGUGAACGAACGGACGCAUUAAUUUAAGUAGUUGACCACAUUGAUAAUAAUGAAAUGUUCAAGGCGUUGAGGUAUUAAUGAGACGAGGCGCAAAUGUAGUGGUGGUGUGCGCAGCAGCAAGCGCCAAUUAAUUAUUUAGUUAAAUAGUCGAAGUAAACGUUUGGUAGUUGAGUUGGGGAGCGCGUUGGCAGUUCGCGUAAAUUAAAAUGCAGCGCUGUUCGUGCGUAUUUUAUAGAAUUUUAAGUAGUGGGGGCAUAUAAGCAAAACAAAACAAAAGCAAAAAUCUAUCUUAGGAUAACACUUAAUAAACCCUUAACAUUUAUUAGUACUGUAUAAAAAUAAUUAUCUACACUUUAUGCUGCGCGUACCCAUCAAUAACACAAAAUUUGUAAGAUGUUUGUGCUGCGCAUAACGAAAAACAAAAAGAAAACACAUAAAAACAAAAACAUUCUAAAGCAGUUGUUUUAUGAAAAGAAAACGUCAAAUUAAUUGUAUGAUUGAUUUUAUAAAUACAUGCUUAUAUGAGUCUUAUGCUGUGCUGUACCGUAGCUGCUGCACCUUUCAAAGCAUAUACAAUUUUAUUAUAACACAUAAUUACUAUAUACAAAACUUAUUUGAUUUCCACCUACACAUACAUAUACAUAUAUAUCGAAGAGGAUAAUACUAUAAAUUCUAAACUUAAACUAAACUAUGUAUUAUGAAGUAUAUUUGUGAAUUUAUUAGCAAUACAACGACAAAGAAAUGUUUGCUUAACGAAAUAUGAAAUACAUAAGUAUAUCUUAGCUAUUGAUGCAAUAUGAAUUGAGAUGUUGUAUACAAAUUGUAUGACAGAAAGCUAGCUUCCAAACGUAGACUGCAUAUUAUAGUUUCAAAAUGCUGGCGUCGAUGUUAGCGCUACUUAGUCGCGUUUCCAAAGCUCUAUUUGGCGAGCAGUGUCGACAAUUUCAUAUGAUAACAGCGUUUAAGCAUAAUUUCAUGCUCCUCUUUUGCUAUGUACAUUCGCUUUUAAAACUUAAACAAUAUUUGUUGCUUUAAUAAGUGUGCAAAACAAAAUUAAUUUUUCCUUAUAUUUGCCAUUGAAAAUAUGUAUUAAAAGAAUUUCUUUAAAAGCUCACAAUAAAAUCAAACGGUAAUUGCGCUGACAGCGUAAUUAUGCGGUAAAAUUCAAUCAAAACAAAAAACAAAAUAAAUAGCGGUUAUUGUCUUGAAGUAAACAAAAGGUUAUAACGGCAUACAUGGAAAGAAACAACAGCCCAAAUAUUAAAUAAAAAAUAAUAUGUAAUAAAAAAAAAUAAUUAUGAAAUAUAAAAAAUACUAUUUUAUUUUGUUAUAUUUAUUUUUUUAAACCUUUUUCUUUUAUAUUUGCGGAAAUAUGGUAUUUAUUAAAAUUUUAACAGUUAUGUAUGUCUUAUUGAAUAUUUUUUAAAAAGCAGUCGUAAUGACAUUUCAGUUUUUUAUUGUAGCUGUCAGUAUGCGAAAUUUUCAGCAAUUGAAAUCUCCAUUCUUACUAAAGUUAAGUGAAUCAUGUAUAAUUUUGCAGUUAAGUUCAACUGAUGAAAUUGUAAACUUUCUUUGAGCAUAUAGAAAAUGGAAAAGUUCAAGUAUAAUUAAAUAAAUAAAAAAUACUACCAAGACA